AAUGAUGGCAAAACGUAUACAUAUAUUAAUUUGUUUAUAUUUAACUGUGUGAUCUUCCAUAUUCCCAAUCCACCUCAGAGGACUGACACUUUAUCCCUCUAAACCUAAUUAAUAAUUAUACAAAAAUAAUUAAUAUUUUUAUAGAAACAUAUGGAAUUGGAAAUCUACUAAUUAUUAUCAGCCAUAAGAUGGGAUUGCUCAUUAUAUAGAAUUCAACCCGGCAGCAAUAAACCUCCGCUUCUGCCUACUGGAACCAUCCUGUCUCGAACUAAUUAUUUCUGAUUUAUUGAGAGGCUUUUGGAAUUUGCAAUCUAAUGAAGAAGACCUUGAAUUGAUUUCUCUUCUCCUAAUCAUACUAGAAGCUCUUUGCUCUGGCUGGACUUAAUCAUUUUGUUUUAAUUUGAAUCCAUACUCUAGAUUUUAGUAUAAUUUUAUUACAUACUACACUUUUUGGGAUAGCUAUUAUUUAGUAAUCAUUAAGAUUGACUGCUCCAGUUUUUGAGAGUGGAAAUUAGAAUUAUUGGUUGUGAGAUUGCAGGAAGUUAUACAAUUUAUUGUUUUGUUUUAAGGGCGAUACUUGUGAUAACUUUCUAGUUUUUUUUAAUACUGCGAUGUUUGUAAUUAUCUAAGGAUUGUUGUGAAUAACAUUUAUAUCAUUAGAAUUGUGCGAUUAUCUUUCUACAUCCGAGUAGUUGAUAAUGGAACUAUUUUAAUCAAAUGAAUUGGACCCUGG